AUGUCAAUUACUAAUGUGUGCCAAAAGUUUGACUAUUUCAGGAAGGUUUUUCGCGAUGGAUUGGAUGAUUCUAACCAAUAUCAUUUUACAAAUAGUUUAUUUAAGAAAUAUUGUCUUAAUGAAAAAUGCAAUAACGAUCUUGAUAAGAUUAAUGCUGGAUGUUUAUAUUUAUUUUAUGAAUUUUUCGGUAAAUAUGGUUCUUCAUUUGAUCCUCGUUUUUAUAAGGAUGAGGCUGUAAGUAUAAUGAUUUGGUUAGGCUAUAUAUUAAACCUAAAGUCACAUGAGGGAAUUACCACAUUAAUCGAUUUUUAUUAUAAGCAUAUAGAAAAUGACACGAGUUACACUGAGGAUAAUAUUAUUAAUCAAAAACAUAAAAAUUAUAAGGGAAUCAUAGAUGAAAUAAAGGAAUAUAUGGAUAUUAAUAUUAGUUAUAUGUCUAAAUUUUAUGAAUUACUUAAAUUAUUAUGUGAAAUGAAUACUGCUUAUACGACAAAUAAAAGUGGCGAUUUUUCACAACAUGUUAAUAAAUUUGUUGAAGAAUAUGGAAAACUAUUUAAUGAUGUUGAUAAUAAUACUGACAACAGUACAUACAGUAAAGUAUUACUUGUUAUGUCCAAUUAUUAUAAUAAUUUUGAAAAAGGCAGAAAUUUUAAUAGUGCAGAAAUUAAAUUUCCUACAUUACCAAAAGAAAAGCCAGCCAAAAAAGUUAGUGUAGAAGGUUCUAAUGCAACUCAAACAGUUGGAUCCUCGAGUGGACCAGAUAAAUCAAAUAUUGAAACGGCAACCCCGAUUUCUAACACUACAUUAUCAGAAUCAUCACUAGUAAAUAAAUUAGUUAUUGUUUUGCCGAUAUUAGCUGCAAUACCAAUUUUUUUGGUAAUUGCUUAUAAGUAUUCAUUAUUUGGAUUUCGGAAACGAUCUCAAAAACAACAAUUAAGAGAAAAGCUAAAAAAAUAA